AUGAUGAGCUGGUGGUCGUCCUCGGCCAACACGGCCUUGGACGAGCAGAUCGAGAAGGCCACGAGCAGUAGCCUUGAGGAUAUUGCGCUGAACCUCGAAAUCUCCGAUGUCAUCAGAUCCAAGACGGUCGCGCCCAAGGAGGCCAUGCGCUCUCUCAAACGGCGCAUCGGCAACAAGAACCCCAACUCCCAGCUGAGCGCUCUGAGCCUUACCGAUACCUGUGUUAAGAAUGGCGGAUCGCAUUUCCUCGCCGAGAUCGCCUCUCGCGAGUUCAUGGACAAUUUAGUGUCGCUUCUCCAGGCCGUUGGAAGCGCCGCCGUCAACGCUGAAGUUAAAUCGAAGAUUCUCGAGUUGAUACAAUCGUGGGCGGGAGCUACUGAAGGCCGAUACGAACUUGGUUAUAUUGGUGAGGUGUACAAGACGUUGCAGCGAGAGGGACAUCAAUUCCCACCCAAGAUUUCAGUAUCGAGCAGCAUGAUUGAUAGCAGUGCGCCCCCAGAGUGGUCGGACUCGGAAGUCUGUAUGCGAUGUCGAACCGCCUUUACGUUUACCAACCGAAAGCACCAUUGCCGAAACUGUGGAAACUGCUUCGACCAGCAGUGCUCGACUAAGACUGUCGCUCUCCCGCAUUUAGGAAUCAUGACCCCCGUUCGAGUCGACGAUGGCUGCUAUGCCAAACUCACGAGCAAGGGUUUCAAGGAGCCUAGCCCAUCCCUCGAUCGAUCGCCGACGUACCCCCACAAAACUCGCAGCACCUCGGCCAUGCAGCCACGGAACGCCCGUGUGGAUGAAGGAUUCGACGAGGAUCUGAAGAAGGCUUUGGCAAUGAGCUUGGAGGAAGUCAAGACUCACACGCGUGCGUAUGCUGAGCCUGUUAUAAGCGCCCCCAAGACCAAUGGGGAUGCCUCGGCCGCCAAGCAAGCCGAGGAGGAGGAUGAGGACCUAAGGGCAGCAAUUGCAGCAUCCUUGGCCGAUAUGGAGGAGCAGAAACAAAUGCACGCUGCGGUGCUCAAGGAGCACACGUCGAGUAGCGCCGGAGCCGGCACCACCGCUUUCGUCAUGCCCAAGAACGACUAUGAGUUGACACCUGUGGAGGCAGAAAACAUCAACCUCUUCUCGACACUGGUUGACCGGCUGCAGACACAGCCGCCUGGUACCAUCCUCCGGGAGCCCCAAAUUCAGGAGCUCUAUGACAGCAUCGGAUCACUACGUCCCAAGCUGGCACGGACCUACGGAGAAUCUAUGAGCAAGCAUGAUACCCUCUUGGAUCUUCAUGCCAAGCUCUCAACCGUGGUCCGGUACUACGACCGCAUGCUGGAGGAGAGACUAUCCAAGGCCUAUCACCAACAAAGCCUGGGUGGAUACAACCUCCCUCCUCGCCAACAAGCUGGUCCCUACCCGUCCAUGCCUUCGCACAUGGCUAGCAACCCUGGGGUAGCGGAGAGCUUUUAUACUGGCCAGCAACGAGCGAGCUACCAUGCCCCUCCGCAGCACCCUUAUCAGCAACAACCACCGCAGGCAACUCCCCAGCCUCAAUAUGCAUCGUACGGCCCCGUCCCAACUCAACCCGGCCAAUACGCACCACCCCAACAGCUGCCGCCACAGCAGAUGCCGCCACAGCAACUGCAGCGGGCCGAGAGCUGGCGGGAUAAGGCACCGUCAGCACCAUCUGCGCCGCAGGACCCAUACCAGCAGCAGCUUCCCCUCGAUGCGACUCAGCCGGCCCAGACACCUCAGCAAGCUACUGCAACGCCAUCUAUCGACCCCAAUGCUUCAUAUUACCUCCCACCGCAGCAGACUCCUCAAGCAGCUCCCCUUGGGCCGUCAGCCCCCGGGCCGGCCCCUGAAGCCGGACCAUCUCCUUAUCCGAAUCUACAGCAACCCAUGCAGUACCCGAUAGGGUCAAUGCCGGCCCCAUCACUGCCAACGCCAAUUCAGACUCCUGCUCAGCCGGUCCCGGCUGCUCAGCCUAUUCAGCCAUCUCAACCGCCUCCAACCGCGCAACUCGCCCAACCCCCUCAGCAACACCAGCAGACCCAGCCACCUCAGCCGUCGCAACCGGUUCAGCAAGCGCCCCCUCCGCAGCAACAACCGUACUGGCAACCAUCAAUGCCCCAGCAACACCAGGCACCCCCCGCCGCGCCGCAGAACUGGGCAUACGCCGGCUAUGGCCAAGAUCCUUUUCCAGCAGUGCCAACUCACGAGCCUGGUCACCCGCAGCAGCAGCAGCAGCCUGUCAAGGAGGAAGCACUGAUUGAGCUUUAA